CAGUGAUCACAUGACACACAACGAGAGGAGCUCGACAGAGAACAAACACAAGGCCAGGAAGCUUGUUUGUAGUUUUUAUUUUUGUAUAGUACAGCACACAUUCUGUGAGGGAACACGUGAUGACAGCCAGUCACCCUCUGGUGAGGGUAUGCAAUCUUGGUCGUGUGUCAUACACAACAGCUCUCAGCAUUCAGAAAUCAAUCCAAACGAAUAUUAAAAACAGUCUUGACAACAAGAAAUCCUAUAAAGCAUGCUCAAACACCCUAAUACUAUGUGAGCACAAUCCAGUCUAUACCAUAGGCAUCAGGACUAAAGACUAUCCAAAGCAGGAAGAGGAACGUUUAAAGAAACUUGGAGCAGAAUUUCUGCAGACAGACCGAGGUGGUCUAAUAACGUUUCAUGGACCCGGGCAGCUGGUGGCAUACCCAAUUUUAUAUCUCGGUGACUUUAAAAAGAGUGUGCGGUGGUAUGUUUGUCAGCUUGAGAAAUGCAUCAUAGAGACGUGUCGGAGGUUUAGUAUCCAGGGAGAAACAUCCCCACAUACUGGUGUUUGGGUGAAUGACAACAAGAUAGCUGCAAUAGGUGUUCAAUGUAAACGCUUUGUAACUUGCCAUGGACUUGCGUUGAACUGCAAUACAGAUCUGAGCUGGUUUUCCAACAUAAUUCCAUGCGGUAUCGAGGGUAAGGGUGUAACAUCCUUGACGGCAGAAUUAGGGAAAGAGAUCAGAGUAGAUGAUGCCAUUCCCAGCUUCGUUGAUGCAUUCUCCCAGCAAUUUCAAUGUGAUGUCGAAGGAGUUGAUGUCAAGGAACUUAAGAAGGAUGUCAAUUUAAGAUGAAUGCAGGUUUCUUUAGGAGUAAAUAAUCUUCAAUUCAUGCUUAUAGAUUUGACUUUGCAGUGUCCUGGGUUUAUGUUUUUUAGUCUAAGACAUACCGUAAAUGCUUAAAAACCACUGUGGUGGCUUAAUCAAGAGUAUAUACAGUAUUACUUUGUGUGUAAUGAAACACUUUGAGAGACAGGGUUUUAAAUUACAACCAAUAGGCUUGCCGUCGUGUUGUGUUGUAUUAGGCCUAUAUCAUGUAGCCUAAACUUGUUAACUGGUUGAGCCACUCACAUCCACAACUUCGUUCAACGAUUUACAGAAACAAGCCGGGUCUUCCACCAUGUUAUGCUUUCUUCGAGAUCCAAUGCAAUAAAUAAAUCAAA